UGGCCUAUCGCGUGCGGAGGAGCGGGGCGGGCUGGGCUGGGCUGGGUUGGCGCCUGCGCAGUGGGACGGCGGUGUCCAGGCGCACGCCGGAGCCGGAGCGGGAGCAGCGCGAGAGUCGAGGCCGCCAGCGCAGAGCGGGACGUCCCGGCACGAGCCAGAAUGCCAGGACUAAGCUGUAGAUUCUACCAGCAUAAAUUCCCAGAGGUGGAAGAUGUAGUGAUGGUCAACGUUCGGUCCAUUGCUGAAAUGGGAGCCUACGUCAGCCUGCUGGAGUACAACAACAUUGAAGGCAUGAUCCUUCUCAGCGAGCUGUCCAGGAGACGUAUUCGUUCCAUAAACAAACUCAUCCGCAUCGGGAGGAAUGAAUGCGUCGUGGUCAUAAGAGUUGACAAAGAGAAAGGUUAUAUUGACUUAUCAAAAAGAAGAGUUUCUCCAGAGGAGGCAAUUAAAUGUGAAGACAAAUUCACAAAAUCGAAGACAGUUUACAGCAUCCUUCGCCAUGUUGCUGAAGUCUUGGAGUACACUAAGGAUGAGCAGCUUGAGAGUCUAUUCCAGAGAACUGCCUGGGUAUUUGAUGACAAGUACAAGAGACCAGGAUAUGGUGCUUAUGACGCAUUCAAACAUGCAGUCUCAGACCCUACGAUCCUGGAUAGCCUAGAUCUGACAGAGGAAGAGAGGCGGGUGUUGAUUGACAAUAUUAACAGACGUCUGACCCCACAAGCAGUCAAAAUCCGAGCUGAUAUUGAGGUUGCCUGUUAUGGUUAUGAAGGCAUAGAUGCAGUAAAAGAAGCUUUGAGAGCUGGCUUGAACUGUUCCACGGAGAACAUGCCCAUUAAAAUUAAUCUGAUAGCCCCUCCUCGUUAUGUGAUGACUACUACAACACUGGAGAGAACCGAAGGACUGUCUGUUCUAAAUCAAGCCAUGACUGUAAUUAAAGAAAAAAUUGAAGAGAAGAGAGGAGUCUUUAAUGUGCAGAUGGAGCCUAAGGUGGUUACUGACACAGAUGAGACUGAGCUUGCAAGGCAGUUGGAAAGACUGGAGAGGGAAAAUGCCGAAGUGGAUGGGGAUGAUGAUGCUGAGGAAAUGGAAGCCAAAACCGAAGACUAAAUAUUCUGGGGUAUUUAGAAGAGACAGACCACAUGAAUAAUUAGAGACCCCAUUGCAAACACUCUGGACUAAAUGUUUCCAGUAUUGAAAACAUCAAAUGCAAAUACUUAAAGUGUUUUACUCUUUUAAAAAAGACCAAUAUGUGAAAGGCUCUUAUAGAUAAUAUUUGAUGCAGCAGUUUUCACAAAUUCAGUCCUUCAGGGAGAAGCUGCCUAGUCAAAUUCAAGGCUCAGAUCUGGCCAAAGGGAGGUUGCAGCCCCAUGUUUAACAUUGUCAUACAUAACAAUUCUGAAUUGGGGAUUACAGCUCAGUGCUGUUAAUGAGCUUUCCUGAGAGCACCGAAACCAAGCAAGCUGGACAGUUCUAUACAAAAUGUAUUUGAGCAAUUAUUCAAUAAAUUUCUGGGCUACGUAACUCUAAGAUUUUUUUUUUUUCUCCUUUAUUGCAUAGCCUAGAGUUGUAUGAAUAUAACACCUGGAAGAAUACGAUCAGUGGGUGACUCCCCUUUAACACUGAAAGGGCUUUCUUUUGUUUGCUUUAAAUCAAGCUGCCAAUGUGGAACAAAAUGUUUUUGUUGCAAGUUUGUUGAUGCAGACUUGUUUAAAAUAAAUUUCCUUUGUUUUUUAUCUGCAUUUAGGGACAGAGAACUUGAAAGCUUCGGACAUACCUUGUUACCAUUCCAAUAAACAUAGCUAAUGAAUGAAAAAUCA